GGUGCCACUCAGCCGCUUUCCUCCAAUAGAAAAGUUGAGCUGAACGGGACGCUCCGGCGGGUGAGCUGUGGGGCGCUGCGGUUCGGGUCCAGGUGUGCCAUGAGGACAGUGUAGCCUACUGAAAUUUUGCCAUUCAGCCUCAAAGCUCUUUCCAGUUCAUGUCCUGUCUGUCCACUGCUGGUUCGUGUCCCUCUGCCCAUCCACCGAACUCACGUGGUUGCAAUAACUCGGUUUGUUGACCGUCAUGGCUUCUGCUGCUUUGCUGCUCCUGGCCCUCUCCUCCUCUGUCUCCCUCACAGUGGCAGUCCUGUUUGGUGAACCCAGAAUUUUUGGAGAUGAUGCUACUGGAUAUGGCCCCAUCUUUGAGGAGGAGCCUGUGGAUGUGGUCUACAUGGAGGACUCCCCCGAUGGGAGAAUCUCCAUGAACUGCAGGGCACGAGCGAACCCACCAGCUUCAUACAGGUGGCGCCGUGAUAACUGGGAAAUCAAGCUGAUGGAGCAGCCAGACGAGCACUACAGCCUCGUGGGGGGGAACCUGGUGAUCACCAACCCCAGACAGAAGAAACACGCUGGGACGUACGUCUGCGUGGCCAAGAACAUCUAUGGCACGGUCAUCAGCAAGGAGGCCAGGGUCAAGUUUGGAUUUGUGGAGGAGUUUCCCCAGGAGGAAAGAGACCCAGUGUACGUCAAAGAAGGACAGGGCGCUGUUCUGCUAUGCGCCCCUCCAAAAGCUUGGCCACAGGAGGUGACCUACCGCUGGAUCUACAACGAAUUCCCGGUUUUCUUGUACACAGACCGCCGUCGGUUUGUCUCCCAGAAGACGGGGAACCUGUACAUCUCCAAAGUGGAAGCUCAGGAUGCAGGAAACUACUCCUGCUUUGUUUCCAGCCCGAUCAUUGGGAAGAGUGUCUUCUCAAAGUUCAUCCCACUCAUCCCCUUACCUCCUGACGAUGGUGAGGAGAGAAAGUACCCAGCAGACAUCAGGGUGAAGUUCCCAGAUACCACUGCCUUGCUGGCCUCUAAUAUUACACUGGAGUGCUUUGCUCUGGGAAACCCCAUCCCUCAUAUUGUUUGGAGGAAGGUGGACGCCACAGACCUCCCAGCAAAUCAUGAGAUUAGUGAGUCAGGAGCUGUGCUUCAUCUGUACAAUGUGCAGUACGAAGAUGUAGGAGGAUACGAGUGUGAAGCCAUCAACACCAAAGGAAAGGACUGGCACAAGGCCUGGCUGUAUGUGGAGUCUGCUCCAGAGUGGGCAGAAACCAUCAACAACACUCAGAUUGACAUCGGCUCAGAGCACACCAUGCGCUGUGUGGCAUCAGGGAAGCCCUUCCCUUUCAUUCGCUGGUACAAAGAUGGAUAUAUGUAUGGGAAGGGGGAGUUGAAGUUUUCCAGUCUCACUUUUGAUGACUCAGGAAUGUACCAGUGUAUUGCUGAGAACUACUGGGGCAUCAAGUACGCCAACGCUGAGCUGCGAGUCAUCGCCUGUGCUCCUACAUUUGAGUUGAACCCUGUGAAGAAGCAGCUUCUUGGAGCCAAAGAUGGCCGUGUAGUAAUCGAGUGUAAACCCCGAGCUGCUCCGAGACCGCGGUUCACCUGGACGAAGGGCAAAGAGCUGCUCUUCAACAAUUCCCGGAUUUCCAUUCUGUAUGAUGGGAGUCUGGAGAUCCUCAACGCCACCAUCAAUGAUGAGGGGGUAUACACCUGCUUUGCUGAGAAUGACAGAGGAAAGGCCAACAGCUCUGGCACUCUCACCAUCACAGAGGCGACCAUCAUCACAGAACCUCCUGAAGACUCUGAGGUGCAGGUCGGCGAUGAGGUGAUUCUGAAUUGUGCUGCUUCAUACGACCCCAUGCUGGACAUUACCUUCAUCUGGGCCAUAGACUUCAGGGUCAUUGACUUUGAUGCUGAAUGGACACACUACGAACGUGUUACGAGUGAAGAUGGCAGAGGUAACCUGAGAAUAAAGAAUUCCCAGAUUUGGCACGAAGGUCGCUACACCUGCACGGCUCAGACAGUGGUGGACAGCGAUAUUGCAUAUGCUGACCUCAAGGUUGUAGGUGUUCCUGGGCCUCCUGGUGUGAUCAGGAUAGAAGAGAUCGGGGACACGUGGGUGAGGCUGUUGUGGACUAAAGGAGCAGAGCAUAACAGCCCCAUUCUCUUCUACACCAUUCAGACCAGACACUACUGGGCACUUAAUGAAGACGACUGGAGGGACGCCAGCACCACUCCAGCUGUUCUUGACGGCAAUGCAGAGAGGGCUGAUGUGACAGACCUGUACCCCUGGAUGGAGUAUCAGUUCAGGAUCUUCGCCACGAAUGAGUAUGGCGCCGGAGAGGCCAGCAUCCCCUCCCUCAAGAUCAAAACUUGGGAUGCUCAACCGGUGGUAUCUCCCACUGAUGUGGCGGGGUAUGGAGGUAGAAAUGGCGAGAUUGUCAUCACAUGGACUCCCGUGCAACCGUGGUACUUCUAUGGCAAAAAGUUUGGCUACAUUGUGGCAUUUAAGCCUCACGAUGCUUAUGACUGGUGGUAUGAGACCAUCUCAGACCCCGAGACCAGGCGUUACGUUCACAGGGACUCCUACUUUAUUCCCACUGAUGAAGACUUCCAAGUCAGAGAGUUUCAGGUGAAGAUCAAGUCGUUUAAUGUGAAAGGAGACGGACCGUACAGCCUCACCAAAGUCAUCUACUACCCAAGAGAUGUACCUACAGAGGCUCCGACAGAUGUCUAUGCCAGACCGGUGUCCUCCACUGAAGCUCUGGUGUGGUGGUUGCCAGUGGUCGACACUGGAACAGGCCUGCAGCAGUACAUUGAGGGAUACCAGGUCAAAUACUGGCGAAAGUACGACGACCCAGAGCCGGGAGCAAACCGUAUAUUUGUUUCAGCCUCUGUUAACCAGACCAGGCUGGAGAACAUGCUGCCAGACUCGCACUACCUCAUUGAGGUCCGUGCUUUCAAUGGAGCCGGCCUCGGACCCCCUGGUGAACACUGUGAGAUGUUCACAAAGAGGCCACCACCACCAGAUCCUCCCAGGAUGUGGCGCUAUGUUACCUGGACAGGACAGUGGUUGUAUGUGUGGUGGGAUCAUAUCCAGUAUGACUGGUUUGGCAAUAUUUCCUUCCCACUCUACUACAAGGUCAUGUUCAGAAAGACUGGCUACAUCUAUGGGAAAGUCUACAUCACUGGCUGGCACUUCAUGGACUUCCCCAUGCCUCAGACUGGAGACUAUGAGCUGAUGGUACGUGGCCGUUACGAAGGAGGGGAUGGCCCAAUCAGAAUGAUCAGCAUUAAGGGUAAAGUAUCGGUGAUCACGCCCACUCUAAGCCUGGUGUCUUUGGUGCUGCUGGAGCUGUGCAUCGCAGGACUGCAAAUUUAAGGCCUGCCACAAGUGACAUGUAUAUAUUAAACUCUGGGAAGUCAGUCUGUGGAUAGAAGAGAUCCAGUCUUCACCUCCAAACACUCUUCUCACUGAUAGUUAAGAUUAUACAUUGCGUAUCUGUUCUGUUGUAACACGACACAGGAAGUUCUUUUUCAUAUAAAAAAAGCAUUGGGUGUUGGCCUCGACACUUUUUAUGGACUUAAUUCAUCUACCAAAUGAACAACAGCAGUGAACUGGGUAGGACUCCAUUGAGAGGGUUGGAAAUGUGUCCCAUCAAAUCCAGAUGCUCUCUCAAAAGCCAAAGUCAAAAUGAAUGAAGGUGGAUGUUAUGAUUAAACUCUCCACACAGUGUAUUCAGAUAGAAAUAAAAGCAUCCAGAAAAGUCAUUUUAAGUUGUUUUCUGAAUGUAUAAAGUUAAAUUUAAGUUUAUUUCCUUUAUUAAUCCCCCUGAGGAGAAAUUCAAUGUUUUCACUCUUGCUUGUCAAUUACACACAGGUCCGAAAGACACACACAUGCACAUGCACAAACAAGACCUAUACAUGCACAAAUUGGAGACUAGGAAUUGGAGGCUAUAGUGAACUCUACACUCAAAGAGUCAGGUCCAAAAACGGAAAGGUAUAUUCGUGAAUAAGUUUUGAUAGGAAGGUCAUAGAGGGAUGGAACUAAGCUCCACCCCCCGAUUUAUGGCGCUUCCGCGUUGAUAGACCCCAUCCUCAACCUUUUUGGACGUCGAGAAGUGGAUGAACUCGACACCUGAGGAGUCAGGUCCAAAAAUGGGAAGGUAUGUUCGCAAAUAAUUUUUGGAAUGAAGCUCUACGCCCCCGCUUUUGACGGUUCCGCGUCGAUAGAGCCCACCCCCGACCUUCUAAGACAUUGGGAAGUGGGUGAACUCCACCACCGAGGAGUUGGGUCCAAAAACGGGAAGAUAUUUUUUCGAAUAAGUUUAAAUUUAUUUCCUUUAUUAAUGCCCCUGAGGGGAAAUUCAAUGUUUUCACUCUUGCUUGUCAAUUACACACAGGUCCACAAACAGGACCUAUACAUGCACAAAGUGGAGAGAUGUCAGAGUGAGGGGGCUGCCCUUGGUGAGGUGCCCCGAGCGGUUGGGGGGGUUCGGUGCCUUGCUCAAGGGCACCUCGGCAGUGCCCAGGAGGUGAACUGGCACCUCUCCAGCCACCAGUCCACGCUCCAUAUUUUGGUCCGGACCGGGACUCGAACAGGCGACCCUCCCAAGUCCCUAUGGACUGAGCUACUGCUGCCCCCAAACAUUCUAUCACUUCAUUAUGUCAUUUUCUUCUUCCAUCAUUCAGCUUUCUUUGAUCAUUACUUCCUGUUUGGAGUUGAAAUGAGCUGGACGAACAUUACCAAGGUAGAAUUCAACCCACAGAAUGGGACGAUGUUAUUUAUAACAAGCACUAUAAAUCUCUCAGAUGGUCAUGCUAUGAAUAUUAUGUAAGCUGUGUGAUAAUCAUUGUUUGGUUUGGAACGAGCAGAGUAGGAUGACUAAAAUGUGUAUAGAUUCUCUGAACAUGUAACUUUUUUGUGGAGCACAUUCAGCAUAUCACAUACUUCAAACAAGCGUAGCCUAUUCUUCACCGCCAUGUUAUCACUUUUGUUCAACGUGUUUAGAUUCAUUUUCUAAAUCUUAAAUGGUGCUGUGCGACAGGUAGAUUCAGAAGAUUCUCCAUAUUAAUUUAAAAUGUCAUCCUCACCAGAAUCACGUGCAUAGUUGAAGUUUGAGUUCUAGCCGCAACGAUAAAAAGCCAUAGCCUAUCACUUUGACAACUUCCCAUUGAAUGUUAAUUUAUGAAAGUGUAAUAUUUGAAUGUCCCAUGAGGCCAGGAGUUGAAGAGAAACUGCUGUAUAUCACAUAAAUAUAUGCUACUUUUCUUUAUGUCAGGCUGCAAAACCAUUAAACAGAGUACAAACCAUCUAUAAUCUAUACAGUCUCAUUUGUUGAGUUUUAGUCCGUUUUCAAUGAGUCAGUUACAAAUGUUCCUUUCAACACAUGUUCAUCUCUGAUCUCAGAAAAAAACAUUCAACUCUUUUCCCAACUUUCCUAUACAUUGGAAAAUAUUUAAUACACCAAUCAGUGUUGUAGUACUCAAGAUCGGUCUCAACACCACUUUUUGCUUGGUCUUCUCUUGGUCUCACACAAAGAGGACCUGGGACUUUAUACUACAGCUUCGGGGAUAUCACUUAA